UUCCAUUAAAAUAUUGGUGGUAUUUCGAAAGUUGUUUACUCUUGAUAGUUCGUGAUGUCAAACUUUAACAAUUGUGGAAGUUUGUUGCGAAAAAUUGUAUAUUAAUACGAAAAAAUGUUUACACAUAUUUAGAUGCACAUUUUCCUAAACUUUUCUUUCAUAUGAUGUUUAUAUUUCCUCAUUGGAUAUUAACUUCUUUCUGUUUACUAAUAUAAAUUAAUUUGUAAUGCAUCGAAACGAGACUAAACAGAAAAAAGUUCAUUGGAUACCACCAGGUAGAACAAGCAAAGAUUAUGUUCCCUCUAAGGAAAAUCCGAAUAAUAUCAAGUUAUAUCGUAAAAGUAUCCUGAAAACCUCAAGUGAUAAUUGUGUUCUAACCAUGCACUUUUCUAAACUUAAUGUAACUUAUGAUGUAGAGAAAUCAAAAAAUUCUUCUGCAGCUAUUGAACGUUUAUAUUCUAAAGGAGAUAGUAAAGAAAUAGAAUCAGUUUCUCUUAAUGCAUCAUCUGAUGAAAGCAAAGAUGAUUCAUCUAUUUAUUUGAAUGAUAUUAAGCAACAACAUAGAGUACUUAAUCUAUAUUACAUGUCUCUCAGACCAGUUUUACAAAAGCAUAAGAGAUUAAUUGGAAAUUUAAACAUUCAAGAUGAUACUAUUCAAGAGUUAGUAUCUAAAGUUGAAACUGAACUUAACAAUUUAUUUGGAUCUUUAGAAGAUUUAGAGUUUUCAAUUUCUUUAUUUGAAAAUGCUUUGUCUGAAAGCAGUCAUUCUGGUAGUCUCACACAAAUCAUAAAAACAAAAGAUAACUUAUUGAAGAAACUUUUCGAUUGCUAUCAUGACAUCUUACACAGUUUUCUAGUGGCCUUAGAAGAAUUGAAUUCACGGGACACUAAAGAACUUGAAAAAGAACGUGAUGAUUUUUUAAAACAAUACCAGGCUCAAGAGAAAAAAUACCGAUCACAAGCCGCUGUAGUUAAAGACUUAGAAAGGCAGUUAUCCAUUUUGCAAGGUAAAUAUCGUGCUGUAGAGGGUUACAACACAACACUUGAAGACACAAAAGCUGAAUUCCAAAAAAUGAUCCAUCAUAAAGAUGUCCAAAUUAAAAACUUAACCUCUGAAUUGACUAAACUCUCCUUGAAAGGUGAUGAUACAAAAUGGAUUGAGUUACUGGAAGAAAUUGAAAUCAAACAUGAGACAGAGAAGCAAGCUUUAAAGAAAGCUAUGAAAGCUCAAAAAUUAGCUCAAAAGCUAUAUAAUGAGGAUAGAAAACAUCAACUUAAAGCACUUGAAGAAGAAAAAGAGAAAAAGGGAAAGAUGUUAGUUAACUUAGCUGAUGAAAGAGAUAAAUUACGAGUGCAGAUGGCUAUGAUAAAUAAUGAACUUGUGUGUGCUAGGAAUUCUAUUGAAGAAAUUAAAAGCCAAAAUUUGAAGCUACAAAACAAGCUUAGUGAAUGUGAAAUAGAUUUUAGAAACCAACUUCAAAGGGAAUCUGAAGUUUUAAAAAAGCAGUUGCAAGAAAAAGAAGACAAUGAAUUGAAAUUAAAGAAUACCAUAAAACAUUUAGAAGAAGAAUUAAGUUCGACUAUUAAAGAAUCAGAAAUUUUGAAAUCAAGGCAUGAUAGCAUAAAAGCCUCUCUUCUGCAAGCUCAAAAUGAGAACAGCGUGGACAAAGUGUUUGAUGAAGUGAGAAGCUUGACAUCAUUAUUACAAGAUACGAAAGAACAGUUCCAAAAUUUCAAAACUCCUGCUGCAUUUUCAGCUGGUGAUAAUUCAAAAAAUGAGAAAAAUCCUGACAUUGAAAAUGUUGUAGCGAUGUUACAGGAUAUGAGAAGAGAAAUGUUAGAAAUAAAAAGACAUGACGUUCCUAGAAAUCAGCAGGACAAGUCUAACGAAUCAGAGCUUUUAACUAAAUUGGAAGAAUUAAGGCAAGAACUGAAAGCUACAUCUGAGGAAAAUUUAGCUCUUAAAAAACAGUUGAAAGAAAUGGAAAAUUCAUCAACUUUUUCACAAUAUGCACUCGAUGAAAACUACUCUACAAAUGAUUUGGAGUCUAAAUUUCUCACAAGAGACUUAAAAUUACAGUUAGCACUUAAGAGUGAAGAAAUACAGAAAUAUAAACAGCAAAAAAAGAAUUUGGAAAGCCAGUUAGAGGAAAUUAAAGAUAAAUUGCAUAAAAAGGAAAUGGAAACUAUUAGGCUAUAUAGCUUAGAAGAUGAACUGCGAUCUAAGAAGUUGGAACUUUCACUUCUGGAGCAGAGAAAGCAAGAAGAAUCUGAAAAAUUGCUAAAAAGAACAAAAGAUUUACAGGAAGCAUUGGAUGAGUCAACUACCAAAAAUGAACUUUUGUCACGUCAUAUCGACAUGCUCAAAGUUUCUCUUUAUAAUGUGUUUGGAGAAUCUUGAUAUUAAAUUUUAUUAUUUGUAAAAUUCCAUUUUCUUUUCGUUUGCAUGCAAAAGACAUUCCAAAAGUAAGUUUUAUCAUACUUUUUCACAGAGAAGCUUUAUUACAAACUUUAGCUCCAUCUUUGCAAAUUGUAUAUUGGAUAUUUCGCAUAUUAGAAAUUGAUAUGUGAAAUUAAUUUCAGUAACUACCCUAUAAAAAUCAGUGCCUAGUAAUUUAUUGGUUCCAAAAUUGCUCCCCAAAAAUCAAAUUUCAAUAAAAUGAUGGGAGUCUGGUGAUCUUGUUUAGAAAGACCUCAAGGGCAAAAUUGAGUUAGUUAACCUUAUCUCUUGCACCUAAAACAAAAAAUGCAUUCUUUGGUAUCCUUUUGGGGUCUUUUAAUAAGGUUCUCAGACUCCUGCACUGAAUGGCAGACUUCAAUUUGUUUAUUCUUUUAAAUGCACUAAUUGGUGUGUGGUUCAUUGAUGUUCCCUUAAAUGAGAUAACCAAUAAAUCAUCUAGCCUGCAGCACCAGAAUUUUACUUUUUCGUUUUAAAUUUAGUACUAUCUUGAUUUAGUAUUUAAAGCCAUGAUGAGAACUAGCAAGCUGUCAUAAAAAAAUUUUAAAUUACUAGAUACUAACUUUUACAAGGAUGAAUUUCUAAAUUUGAUUUCAUUAAUUUAUUCCUGUUCUGUAGUCAGUGUGAGGGGAGAAAUCGACCAGCCUACACCUUGUGUGGAGACAAGUACUUUAUGUGUUAUUUAGUGGAAAAUCUGAUAAGAAUAAUAGUUUAAGAAGAUUUU